ACGGAGUGGAGCCUCCGGAGAGGAACUUCUCUUCUUCCUUCCUGGUUUCAAGGAUCUGCUAGUAUAUCAUUUCCAGAUUUAUAUUCAACCCUGAAGAACACAAGUCACCGCAAGUGCAUCUACAAUGGCUAGCAAUGGCAAAUCAACAGCAGUCACGAGAGACUACGGCAAAAGAACUGCAAUCGUAACUGGGUCUGCUAGAGGAAUAGGAAAAGCCAUCGCCAUCCGACUAGCAGAAGAUGGGUUCGAUGUCUGCAUAAAUGACAUCGCAGCCAACAAGGCCGGCAUUGAAGAAGUCGUCAAGGAAAUCGAAGCUCUAGGCCGCUCUGCAUACGGCCACGUCGCUGACGUUUCCAUACGCUCUGAAGUCGAAGCUCUGAUUGAGGCUUCUGUCCAGAACCUGGGCAACCUCGACGUCAUGGUCGCGAACGCGGGGAUAGCGCAAGUAAAAGCCCUGCUUGAUCUAUCGGAUGAGGAUGUCAGGCGCAUGUUCGACGUCAACGUACUCGGGGUUUUUAAUUGCUACAGCGCUGCCGCCAAGCAGAUGAUCAAGCAGGGUGGUGGUGGAAAGAUCAUCGGUGCUGCUAGUAUCGUGGCAUUCAAACCCUUCGCAUUGCUUUCCCAUUAUUCGGCUUCGAAAUUCGCCGUCAGAGGGUUUACGCAAGCUUUUGCUAUGGAAUUGGCAGAGCAUAAGAUCACCGUCAAUGGUUACGCACCUGGGAUCGUCGGCACUGCGAUGUGGGACCUUAUUGACGAGGAGCUCGGGAAGAAGAAUGGCUCUAACAAAGGAGAGACGAUCAAAAAAUACUCCGAUGAUCUAAUUGCACUAGGACGGACGAGCGUCCCGGAGGAUGUUGCCAAGUGUGUGAGUUAUCUAGCCAGUCCGGAUAGUGAUUACAUGACUGGACAGACAUUGGUGAUUGACGGUGGGAUUGUUUUCAAUUAGCAG